GCAGAAGCGCCUCCCGAGCGCCCUGACAGCCGGGGCGGGCGAGCCGGGUACAAGGCGGCCAGCAAAAAGAAAGCGCCGGACCGGCAUGGAGGGCCAGGGGGCCGGAGGGGAAGACCCGCCGGGAAAGGGUACCCCGAGGCGGGGUGGCACCGGCGGGGGACGUCCCUCGGAGGAGGAGAGUAAGAAUAAACCCAAGCUGAAUCUACAGAUAAAAACUUUGGCAGAUGAUGUGCGGGACAGAUUAACUAGUUUUAGGAAAUCUGGAGUCAAAAAGGAAAGACUUCUUAUCCAGCAUCCUAUCGACUCACCGGCCUCUAUAAACGAAUUGCCAGUGGCUCAGCCACUGUUUGACGAACGCUCAAUGAAUUUAUCGGAAAAAGAAGUUAUGGACUUGUUUGAGAAAAUGAUGGAAGACAUGAAUCUAAAUGAAGAACGAAAAGCUCCUUUACGGAAUAAAGAUUUGACCACGAAACGUGAAAUGGUUGUCCAGUACAUUUCUGCAACUGCCAAAUCUAUAAUUGGAAGCAAAGUUCCGGGUGGUCUGAAAAACAGCAAACACGAGUGCACGUUGUCAUCGCAGGAAUAUGUCCACGAACUACGAUCGGGUAUCUCAGAAGAAAAACUUCUCAACUGCUUAGAAUCGUUGAGGGUGUCUCUGACAAGCAAUCCAGUAAGUUGGGUUAACAAUUUUGGACAUGAAGGCCUUGGGCUUCUCCUGGAUGUCCUUGAAAAACUCCUUGAUAAGAGACAGCAAGAAAGUAUUGACAAGAAAAAUCAACAUAAGCUUAUACAGUGCCUCAAAGCGUUUAUGAAUAAUAAGUAUGGACUACAAAGAAUACUGGGAGAUGAACGGAGCCUUCUCUUACUUGCCAGAGCAAUUGAUCCAAAGCAACCAAACAUGAUGACUGAAACAGUGAAAAUACUCUCUGCCAUUUGUAUCGUUGGAGAAGAAAACAUGCUCGACAAAAUUUUAGGAGCUAUAACAAUUGCAGCUGAGAGAAAUAAUGGAGAACGAUUUGCUAACAUAGUGGAGGGGCUCGAAAAUCACGAAGCUCUGCAAUUACAGGUUGCCUGUAUGCAGUUCAUAAAUGCCCUCGUGACUUCUCCAGAAGAGCUUGAUUUUAGGGUACAUUUGAGAAAUGAAUUCCUGCGCUGUGGGCUAAAGAAAAUAUUACCAGACCUAAAAGAGAAGGAGAAUGAAGAACUCGAUAUUCAGUUGAAAGUAUUUGAUGAAAACAAAGAGGAAGAUUCAAUUGAAAUGGCCCAUCGUCUCAAUGACAUCAAAGUGGAAAUGGACGAUGUGAAUGAAGUUUACCACUUGCUGUAUAAUAUGUUGAAAGAAACAACAUCAGAAAACUACUUUCUAUCAAUUUUACAGCAUUUUUUACUCAUUAGGAAUGAUUAUUAUGUACGCCCUCAGUAUUACAAGAUAAUAGAAGAAUGUGUUUCACAGAUAGUGUUGCACUGUAGUGGUAUGGAUCCUGACUUCAAAUGUAGAGGAAGAUUGGAUGUAGACUUCACACAUCUUGUGGACAGCUGUGUGAACAAAGCAAAAGUUGAAGAAAGUGAGCAAAAAGCUGCAGAUUUUUCCAAAAAGUUUGAUGAAGAAUUCACAGCUCGUCAGGAGGCGCAAGCUGAGCUUCAAAUGCGUGAGGAGAAAAUCCGACAACUUGAAGCUGAAAUCCAGCAGUUGCGAACCCAGGGUUCUGCAUCUUCAAGUGGUGGGCCUCCUCCUCCUCCGCCGCCCCCACCCCCUCCUCCACUGCCAGGUCAUUUGGUUUCUGUUGCCCCUGCACCUCCUCCUCCUCCUCCACUACCUGGAGUUCUGCCUCCUCCACCUCCACCACUUCCUCCUCCACCUAUGUUCAGUGGUCCACCAAUGCCACCACCUCCUCCUUUCGGGGGGAUACCUUCUGUCGUAACCGCACCAGUGCUGCCUUUUGGGAUGAAGCCAAAGAAGAAAUACAACCCAGAUGUAACUAUGAAGAGAAUCAACUGGGCCAAGGUUGAACCGCACGAGAUACAAGAGCACUGUUUUUGGGUGAAAGCUAAGGAUGAAAAAUUUGAAAAUCCAGAUCUGUUUGCCAAACUGGCGCUCACUUUUGCCACACAGAUGAAGGUGAAAAAGACAGUAGAGAAUGUGGAGGAGAAGAAGAUAAUAAUGCCCAAGAAGAAAGUGAAAGAAUUAAGAAUAUUGGAUGGGAAGACUGCCCAAAAUUUGUCUAUUUUCCUGGGAUCUUUUCGCAUGCCUUACCAAGAAAUAAAACACAUUAUAUUAGAAGUAGAUGAAGCAAAACUAAGUGAAGCAUUAAUUCAGAACUUGGUUAAAAACCUCCCUGAACAAAAAGAACUUAAUGCCUUAGCUGAACUGAAGAAUGAAUAUGAAGAUCUCUGUGAGUCAGAACAAUUUGGAAUUGUGAUGAGCUCAGUGAAACUGCUGCAGCCUCGUCUCAACGGGAUCCUUUUCAAGCUUACGUUUGAAGAGCACAUCAACAACAUCAAACCUGGCAUCAUGGCUGUCACGAUCGCGUGUGAGGAGCUGAAGAAGAGUGAAAGCUUCACUAAGCUUUUAGAACUUGUGCUAAUGAUUGGGAACUACAUGAAUUCCGGCUCAAGAAAUGCCCAAUCGCUGGGUUUUAAUAUUAGUUUCCUUUGCAAGAUUAGAGACACAAAAUCAUCUGAUCAAAAAACAACCCUGCUUCAUUUCCUGGCUGAUAUCUGUGAAGAGAAAUAUCAAGACAUCCUAAAAUUCCCCGAUGAACUUGAACAUGUAGAAAGUGCAAGCAAAGUUUCAGCUCAAAGUCUUAAAAGCAGUCUUGAUUCCAUGGGACAGCAGAUACAGCGUUUGGAAAAUGACAUCAAGAAGUUCCCCAAAAUAGAAGAUCCACAUGAUAAAUUCGUUGAAAAAAUGAUCAGUUUUGCCAAGAGUGCCAGAGAACAAUACGAAAAGUUAUCAAACAUGCAUAACAACAUGAUCAAGCUGUAUGAUAAUUUGGGAGACUAUUAUACUUUUGAUUCCAAAUCUGUGACCAUUGAGGAAUUCUUUGGAGAUCUAAGUGCAUUCCGGACAUUAUUUUUGGAAGCAUUGAAGGAAAACCAUAAAAGAAGAGAAAUGGAGGAAAAGACUAAAAGGGCCAAACUUGCCAAAGAAAAAGCAGAACGUGAAAAAUUGGAACGGCAGAAGAAGAAAAAGCAGCUGAUUGACAUGAAUAAAGAAGGGGAUGAGAUGGGAGUGAUGGAUAAUCUGUUGGAAGCACUGCAGUCUGGGGAAGCGUUCCGGGAUCGGAGAAAACGAAUGCCAAGGCCUCAAGAUAACCGGAAAGUAACAAUAGAAAGAUCCCGUUCCCGUCAGAAUGGAACAAUUGCAGCUGUAUGAUCAAGAGAUCCCCAUGCCAAAGGACUGCUAUUUUGUUCACUUCGCGUGGAAAACGUGAUGCAGACGGAGCGCGAAGAGCAGAAAUUAAAACUUAAAACCAGGAGAAUGAAAUAUUUUUUACGAACCUUCCUGUAUAGAAAAGAAAGAAGAAAAGAAAAAAAAAAACAACUUAGUGUAUAUUUACGAAGAAAAACUUCAAGAGCUUAAAGCAGUGUUAUAAAACGGCUCUAUUUCCUCCUCUUCCUUCUUUUUUUCCUCCUUUAGUUUGGCAACUAAGGGCAACCAAGGAUGCAGAUAUGAAUGAGGGAGUUAUUUGCAGCUCUCACAAACGAUGGGAAUGAUUAAUAUUUUCUUUUUCCAGUUUCAAUUAACGGCGUCGAAAGAUCAGGUCAGCGAUUCAGUUUUAAUUCUUAUUUGGACAUAAAAGGAAAAAAAAAAAUCAGCAUAUUAAUGAAUUUAGACGAACUGAUACAGAAGAUAAGGCACCGUCUUUUGCAAACACAGGGGAUCGCCAUCCCGUCAUUUUUUUUUUCUCGAUUCCUAUUUCAGGGUUUCAAGCAGGAUGGAUUCAGCUCUUUGAGUUUCAAUCAAAACUUUAUUACAAGUCUUCAGCCUCAGAGGUAGAAAGAUAUUUAUAGCUGCUUUAAAAGCAAGAUCGUAGGAUUGAACCAAAGUUAGACCUGCACCAUUUGCAAAUUCAACUAAAGAAGGGGUUUUUAAAUUGGGCACAUAUAUAAACUUUACAUCUAUAGCUUGAGAGGGGGAGAAAAAUCUUUCCAGACUACUUCUUUUAUCUUUGUUUAAUAUUUUGGAGUUUAAAUCUAUCAAUGAGUUAAGGAAUCAAAAUUAUUUUUCUUUGGUUUAGUCACACAAACUUUAUACACUGUUUGGGCUAGUAAAAUCCUAAUGAAGAAAGAGACGGCGAGGGAAAAAAAAAACCCUGAAUACUACUCACAAGCAUAUCACUCCCCUAUGUAUUUGGACUAUUUUAUCAUUUACAGCAAUUCUCACCAAUAAGUUUACAGAAGUAAUUUUGAUGCACUUUGGGAGGUGGCGAAGGAAGGCUGAUAUUACCAUUUUAAGUGUUAUUUGAAACUCAGGCAAACCAGCAACAAAAAAUAAUCAUGCCACAUCUAAGAUUCCUAAAUAUUUUUUUUUCUUUUCCUUUUUCAAAACUUCUACCGUGUACAUCAAUCGUCUACAUUAAAUGCAUGAAUUUUCCAUUUUAAUUUUCUGAAGCAUUUCUAUGCUUCAUAGAACAUCAAUCACAUAAAAAAAAACCUAUAAUAGAUAGCUAUCUAUAUAUUCUUUGCUUAUUGAAACCUAUUGCUCCUGCAUGGGCUAUAGAGAAAAUUGGCAAGUACGUAGGACUGCCUUGUAGAGAGAUUCUAGAUAAAUGCUAUUCUUAAUUUUCCUAUUAGACCAAGAAGAAAAAAAUGACUUACAAUACUGCCCACUCUUGUUCCAAAGAACACAGGGCAAGCUGAAGAACCUUCUUAUAGAAGUUAAACACUUACAGUAGACAACUAGAUGUCUUUGUAAGCGUUCCAGCUAAAGAAAGAAGGUCAACCUUGUCUGAGGACCUUUCAAUCUCUUAAAUUCAAAACCUACACCUCAGUAGGUACUUUCUUAUCAAGCAAAGUUGUGGAGUUGUUUGACGGCUUUACUUAUAUCUGGCAUAAAGUUCAAAAACUCUUACUAAUUUCACAGGGGACCGAUACGAUCUGUUGUUUUGUAGAAAUAGGAUGUCAUCUAGGCGUACUAGUAUCCUUGACAUAUUGCUAACAGAUGUUUCUGACAAUCACUAACAGUUUUAUUAAAAGAGGAAGCAUUGUGAAAUGAUCUUUGUAAGAAUUUAUAAAUAGGCAAACAAUGAUGUUCCUAUCAGUCAGAUUUACCUUACGUUUCAUACAUAAAGUCAAAAUGAUAACUUAUGUGAAUGGCCAAAAUGUUUUCCGAUAUACGGCGUUUACAAAUGAUACAGUGAAACUCAGAGAUGACAUAAGUCAUUUCCUACUAAUUGAAAGCCAAAACGUUCACACCAUUAUCAGAGCGUCUUAAACAUAACUUUCUUUACUUGAUGCAGAAUUUUUUUUUUCCUGAACAUUACCGAUUUUGGCUGUUUUAUUUUUUUCAUUUCCUGACAUUUUGCUGGUGAGCCAACCAGUCGUUUGCAACUAGAGAUUUUAGAGAAAAAAAAAAUCUAAAAUGGAACAAAUGCAGCAUAUUCUCUAAACAUGUUCUGGUACUUUCUCAGCCCACUCACUCUGCUGGAAUAUUUUUAUGUAAAUUAAAAGACAUGUACCUUAAUAAAGCAAAGAGAAAAAUAUAUAUUGUAAAUAGAGGAUAUUUGUAUUUAUAAAAAAAAAAAAUCCAAGAAGUAUUUUCUGAACUUCAUGUUGGAUUGUUGAAUCUUUUGAUACUUUUUAUUCACUUUAAACUUUCAAGGUUUUUUUAAAAAAAACAAACAAACAAGAAAACAACCUUGAUUUUGCUAUUGAUGUGAUUCCUGUUUUGUCAUAUGUUUACUUGGUGAUUUAGGAAAAUGUAGUCUAAAAGUCAAAACAUCUUCCAAAUCUGCCUUGCCUUAUUUGCUAAUUUUAAGAAGGAAAAAACCACCAAAUGCGUUCAUUGCUUGCAAAUACACACAGAGACGUAUAAAUGCAUGGACAUUUGCAUAUACACACAUAUAAUAUAUAUAUAUUUGUGUGCAGGGAAAAAGAUUUAAAAGAAUAAACCAAGAAAAAAAAGUCAGAAAUUAAUGGCGAGGCUUUAAAAUAUCCAUAGCAUAUAGAGCUGUUUGUAAGUAUUAUUCUAAAACUCUCAUUAGAUGUAUGAAAGAAAGCUAAAUUCUGUUGUUUUAUACUGUUGUGCAAAUCAUAUAACAUACUGCACACAUACACACUUUCAUUUUCUUAAAAAUAAGUAAGGUUUUGCUCUGUACUACUCGCUUUUCAAAUAAAGUUGGCCACAGGUGUUUUAAGAGGCUAUAAACAUAGUUUGCGCUUUGAUCUUGCAACCAUCAUACCCAGCAUCUAAGUGAUAGCGUGAAGAUGGAAAUAAAAUUUUGCUAAUUUUUGUAGACAUUUGCUUUGAUGCUUUGUAAUCAAACCACUUUGGUCUGACUGAUGCUUUGUAAUCAAACCACUAAGAAAAAUUUAUAAAUAAGUCACCUUAAAUGGCUUCUAGAUCUGUGUAUGUAGAUGACUAUGACUGAAGUUUACCUAUCAGUUCUGAUCACCAUGUACUAAUUCCUUCCUUCCUUCCUUCCUCCCUCCCUCCCGCUUCCCCCCCUUCCUUCCUUCCUUUCCCUUUCUCUCUCUCUCUCUCUCCCCCUCUCUCACACACAAACACAAACACAUACACUCCUCUAAUGUUAUAUACCUAUAUACCCACGUGCAUACAUACAUGCAUAAUGUUGUAUAUAGAUACUAUCUCAGAAUGCUGUUUUACUACACAAGGACUAUUCUUUUCUUUUUUUUCUUCUCAAUUAAAAAGAAACUAACACUGGGUCAGGAAGUUUAAAUCUAAUACAUCCUAAACCUGAAAAUCUGAAUUCGAAUGAGACCACCCUGAACUGAAGAACAUAGUUUCUCUUCGUUUCUUCGCCCACUACUAUUUUAUUAUAGAAAUGAAGAUAAAGCAAAUAACACAUCUCCCAAACCUAAAACAGCCGUGGGCUUCAAAAAUUUUAGCAAGGGGUUCUCUGCUCGGUUGCUGGGUGUGUGUGGCCAUGGUGAGCGUGGCCUAGUCGGCCUCUUGCACCAUGGCCGGGGGGUGGGGUGUUUUGCCCUCCCUGGGCUCCGGUGGCUUUUCUCGAGCCUCCGGGAGGGCAAAAGCAGCCUCCCCAGGCUCCGGAGGCCCUCUGGAGGGCGGAAACGGGCCUUUUUCCUGCCUUCUCAAACUUCCAGUAGGCCUGUUUUUCACUCUCCCCAAGUCUCCGCGUACUUACCUGCAUCCAGAAUGGGCCACAUGGGGACUCCUUGGAGGGGAGGGGCAGGAUGGGCGGGGCCAGCCAGGAAUCUCCGAACUGCAUGGAAUCUUAGCUAGAGUUUAUCCCAAACCCCCAGCAGCCCAUCCCUGGAUGGAUAGCAAACAAAUUUAAGAAAUACAUUUCAGAAAUUGCCACUCCUCAGUUAGUUUGACCCUGCCACUCUUGUUUCAUAGCUUAGCAGUCAGUCCUGGAAGUGUGGAUGUGUCAGUUUAAAUGUAUAUCGGUAUAUUAAGGUCAAUUUCCCAUUCUACAGUUCUGCUUCUAGCAUUAUUCUAAAGUUGUAUUAAUAAUCACGAAUGCUAUUAUAAGCAGUAAAAGCCUCACUAUACCACAUUAUAUCAACAUGUUAAGUAAGACAUGAGGUACUUGCUAUGUAUAUUCUAACAUAUAUAAAACUGCAUACAAGCAGAAAUCUGGAAUAUUAUUAUUACUGUGCUCUAAUACUUAAAAAAAUGUUUCAUUUAAAAGUGUGAGAGCUUCCAAUACUUGAUGGUUCCCACAUCUGAAUAAAUACCACUGAAAGAAUAACUACAACAAAAACGUCUAUUUGACACCAACUGUUUUCUGUGACCUGAUUCUAAUCUGAGCUGUUAUUUUCUCAUUAAAUAAUCUUCUUUUUUUUCCAAGCAAUUCUUCCACAAGCUUUUCAGAACGCAUGACAUUCUUCAGAUCUUUAUAUUUGCUAGUAAUAGCCACAAAACUUUGCACUUUAAAAAGUUUGAAGAAAGAAUAUUUGGGGCUGGGGAUAUAUAUAUAUAUAUAUACACAUGCUGAUCAUUUUUCCACCUGCUUUGGGCAAACAGCUUUCAAAGCUGUAUUUAAAUUUCAAUCUAGUUAAAAGCAACUUCUAGGUCAGAUCUAUUUCAAUAAACAUUAACCACGAAAUUCUCUUUUGGCUGGUAUUAAAUAUUUUUGAUAAGACGAGUACAUUAUUAAUGUGCACUAAAAAAAAGCCUAAAGUAUUUCUAUGUAAUGCCAACAUUCCUUAUUUGCAAAUGAAAACUUGUUUCAAUUAUUUUAGAGCUGGGUCAACCACUGAUCUUCUAAACUUGUUUUAAAGAAAUUGCUUUUGCUUUCAAAUAUAUUGUAUAUAUUUAAUAUUUUUAACACCAUUAAAGAUUUUGGGGGUGGAUUUUCUUUUUGCUUGAUUAGAUAUAUAUUUGUUUAGAAUGGAGAAUGCCUUCUGUAAUAACUAAUUUUUUUUUAAAAAAAAUCUAAAACGAUUCUAUUCUUUUUCAACUGUCAACUGCUGCUGAUACACGUUAAGAAUAUAACAAUGCUCUCAUUGAACAUAUUAAAAUCAGUCUGCUUUGUUUCA